GGGCUCUCCUCCAUUCACAGAAAAAAAUCCGCAUCCCGCUGCGACAAGAUCCAAGCAUCAUUCACAGAAAGAAAGAAGAGGCGCCAUGAACCUUGGGCACGUCGAGGAGGAGGUCGGGAAGCUCAGGGAGGAGAUCCAGAGGCUCGGCCAGCAGCAGCCCGACGGCUCCUACAAGGUCAAGUUUGGUGUCAUCUUCAAUGACGACAGAUGCGCAAACAUAUUUGAAGCAUUAGUUGGCACCUUACGGGCCGCCAAGAAGAGGAAAGUUGUCACCUACGAUGGUGAAAUGCUUCUGCAGGGUGUUCAUGACAAUGUGGAGAUAACCCUCUUCCCUCCCUCCACGGUUGCUGCCACUUGAAGUUUGCAACACCGGCAAGUCUCCCACAUUAUUGUGUCAAUCUGCUUGUAAUUUGUUGUGCUUAAAUUCCCAUGAACCGUUUGGUGCUCCUAGAAGAGUACUAUUGUGAGAUGUGAACUCAUGAUCUAUGCAAUUGCUUUGCUCUAUUGCUUGCAUGGUUGUUGAAACCCGGUGCUGAUGUACUGUGUUGUGAAAGAUAGAGCGACAAGCUCCAACUUUGAAGUAAAUGGCCACAGUUAUUGAGAGUGUACUUCACAUUGCUUUGUCUGACAAUGACAUGUAUAGUACUGUGCAGAUAGCUCCAACUUUGGAAUACUUUCUUUUCUUUCUUCACACCAUGUUAUAUAAAUUGUGGGAGAGCUGUACAGUGUA